AUCAACUGUAAAACCUAAGAGUUUAUUCAAUGUUGGAACAACAGAGAAACAAUAUCUAUAAAUUUUAUAUACAAGAUAUAUAUAUAUAUAUAUAUAUAUAUAUUUAUUAUAUUCUUUUUUUUAUUUUAAUAACUAUAAUAACAUUCUCAUUGACGAAAUAUUUUUGUGCAUCACCUUGUAUAGAAUUUUAGGUUAGGUUUGAGGGUUAAGGUUGAGUUAGAUCAGAUUACAUCAUGGAAUCGAGUGGCCUACGGCCGCUGUAAGAGCGGCAGCUCGUAUCAAAUUUUUAGUGUUACAAAGACAUGUUUUUAAUUAUCAUAAAUCCGUUUCACUUUGACUACGUCAUGAAUAAUUUUACCGAAUAUAUGCAAGGAUUAAAAAAAUCUUUGAUGUCAAUCUUAUAACUGUAAGAGAGGAAAGGGAGGUUAUGCUGCGUAGAGUUACGUUAACCUGUCUACGGUGACACAUUGAGGAUCUUUACGUACAUAUAUAUAAAGUGCUACAAAAUGUCAAAUGAAAAGCCGUGUCGUGCUUGCACGGACUUUAGAACCUGGGCGAAACAUCAGAAAGAAGCCUACGACUCGCAAAAGGAAGCACAGAAAAAACAAGAUCAAACUGCAGUUACCAGUAAUAGUAUUCGAAACAAUUGCCCUUUAGACAAAGAUGAAUUAGGUUCAAAGUCUUGGGCCUUUCUACACACUAUGGCUGCAUACUAUCCUGAUAAACCAAAUGAAAAACAGAAGACCGAAAUGAAGAACUUUUUUCAUAUAAUUUCCGAAUUUUAUCCUUGCAAUGUAUGUGCGGAAGAUCUGCGGGAACAAUUAAAACGCACACCACCAGAGACUGACUCGCAGGAAAAAUUAAGUCAAUGGCUAUGCAGAAUCCAUAAUGUGGUAAAUAAAAAACUUGGAAAACCAGAAUUUGAUUGUAAAUUAGUGAAUCAAAGGUGGAGAGAUGGUUGGCUAGAUGGUUCUUGUGAUUGAUGAUAAGUAACAAUAGUAAUUUUCAAAUGUACAAUGGGACCUGAAUAUAAAUAUGGAUUAUUGUAUAGAUAAUUAUUAAUAUCUUUUUACACUUUAAACACAAUCCAUUGGUCUCAGAUUCAAUUACAUAAUAUGGACAUAUAAAAAAUGUAAAAAAUGAAAAUUGAUAACAAUACAUGUUCUUAAAAAGUUUUUCAAGUCCAUCUUUUUUCCUGAAAAGAUGGGAUAAACUGUUAUUCACUUAAAAUAAGAAAAUGUCUGAAAUUGCAUCAUGCAUUUUAUUAUAAAUAUCUUUGUGACGAGAUAAGAUAAAAAUCUUAUAUAUGAUUCGAAAUUGUUUAUAUAGAAAUCUUUGCCAAUAUAGUGGCAAAAAAAUCAGUAUUGUUAUUAACAUUAUUUAAUUAUCUAGAUUAAGAUAUCCAUUUUGAUAGGAUUCAAUGCAAAAUGUGUACAAUGCUGCGCAUCAUUGCACUAUGUAUAGUAAAAAAAUAUACUGAUAUCACAAAAA